CAAUGUAUUUUACAGUAGUUAUCUUUUGUUUGUUUUUAAUAUACCAUCCUUCAGCUACCAUCAACCCCUCCCAUCUAUCUUUGAAUCCCAUCCAUCCACUCAGUGUUUGCUCACGCAAGCCAUCUUGUGCGUGUUCGACUUUUGAAUCAGACUUGACACCGUAUCGUUGCCAUCGCCACAGCAACGUGAGCUACCAAGUUGAAUUUGUUAGCAGAGAUUCCUAGUGCAGGGAAUAUUUUGCAUGGUCUAGCUAUCCUUUUACUAGCUAAGCUGCUCCAGUAUUUAGUGAAACUCACCUUAAAUGUGUUUUACUUCCUCUUUUGGAUCCGUCUCUAGACUUCCAUGUCUGAACUCAAGUCCACAGAGUCCCUGGGUUCUGGCGGUGGUGUUCCAGCCCAGAGAAGCUCACAGCAGAGUCCAGAGAUGGUGUCAUUGAAGCUGGAAGACUGCAGUCAAACACUGGAACUCAAUGUGAUUGUCAAAGAGGAAUGGGAGGAGGAGAUACAAGUAAAAGAGGUUGAUCAGAGAGCAGUCAACGAGGAGGUUGAGGAGAGAGGAGUCAAAGAGGAAGUAGAGAUGGCAGUCAAAGAAGAGCAUGAGAGAACAGUCGAAGAAGAAGUGGAGGAGGAGCGAGCAGGCAAAGAAGAGCAGGGGGAGAGAGCGGUCAAAGAAGAAGAGCAGGGGGAGAGGGAAGUCAAAGAAGAAGAGGAGAACAGGGAAGUGUCUGCUCCAGAUCUAGAGGAAGAGGAGGAAGAAGUAGAUAGUAUCACUGACCCAGGAGAGAGCUACAACCCAGUUUCAGACAGUGAGCCCAGUUCCACAGCAUCAGGAAACCAUAAACAACACAGACGGAGGAACUCAAGACAGAAACAUCACCACUGCAUGGACUGCUUCACUAGUUUCUAUGAGCCAGAGGAGUUGAGAAGGCACACUUGUAGGCCCCACCCCUGUUCAGAUUGCAGAGGCAGUUUAAUUUGUCCAACUCACCUCAUACCACACAAAAAGACCCUCAAAAGAAAGAAAAUGAACUCGUGUGGUCAAUGUGGGAAGAGUUUUCGGACCCCAAGCAGCUUGAAGACACACCAGCUUACUCACAAAGGAAAGAAGUCGUACCACUGCUCCCAGUGUAGUAAGAAGUUCUGUCGCGUAGACGCCUUAAAGUCUCACCAGAGAAUACACACAGGGGAGAAGCCUUUCCACUGCUCCCAGUGUGGGAAGACUUUUGGUUCGUCAUUCAAUUUGAAGCGACACCAGAAAAUACACACAGGGGAGAAGCCUUUCCACUGCUCCCAUUGUGGGAAGAGCUUCAGUGAUGAAGAAAGUCGAAAUAAACACCAAAGAAUACACACAAGAGAUAAGACUUUCCACUGCUCUGAAUGUGGAAAGAGCUUCAGUAAGGGAGGAAAUCUAAAGGAACAUCAGAAAAUACACACAGGGGAGAAGCCAUUCAGCUGUGAUCAGUGUGGGAAGAGUUUCAGUCAAACAGGAGUCCUAAAGAGACAUCAGCUAACUCACACAGGAGAAAAAACAUUCAACUGCUCCCAGUGUGGGAAGGGUUUCAGUCAGUCAAAACUUCUGAAGGGACACCAGCUAACGCACACAGGAAAGAAGCUUCACCACUGCUCUCACUGCGGAAAGAGUUUUAAAUUGGAAGGAAGCCUUCAGAGUCAUCAGAGAAUACACAGUGGAGAGAAGACCCACCACUGCUCCCAAUGUGGGAAGAGCUACAGUUGGGUAAGAGACCUAAAGAAACAUCAGAGAGUACACAAAGCGGAGAAGCCUUUCCACUGUUCCCAAUGUGGGAAGCGCUUCAACGAGAAAGGAAAUCUAAAGCAACACCAGAGAAGACACUCAGGAGAGAAACCAUACAGCUGUGAUCAGUGUGGAAAUUGUUUUAAAUGGAAACAAAGCCUGAAGGAACAUCAGAAGGCAAAGCACAGUGCAGUGCCAGACCAUGGCCUUAUAAUUGUGUUGCCAAGCUGGGCAUCUACAUAUCUAAUUAAUAUUGACACUAACCAGAUUUCCAUCGAACCUUUUUAGGCAAAGUUAAAAAAAUGUUAGAUUUUUAUUUGUUACAUCAAAACUUAAGUGGAAAAGUAGCUUUUAUGUGCUCUCUGUCAUCAUGCACUGUUUUUAAUCUGUCUGUUUGGUGGAAACACCACUGAUGGGAAGAUGCAUUUUGUUGAUGUGGAUUUUAGAAUACUCACAUGAAAAUCUGUCUCCAAUUGGAUGGAAACCUAGCUAGUGUUGCACAUUUGUUAGGCCAAAUAGAUGUAACAAUAUAUUGAAUUAUGCAAAAGAGAGAGACUUCUGACAACUAAGUGACAACAGGUGGAGUCCAUGUCCGAGUCGAGUCACGAGUCGUGAAAAUCGUGAGUCCUGGUCUCGAGUACUACAACACUGACAGCUACUCUCCUUUAGGGAACGUUUCAUUUGUGCAAAUUGAUUACUUUACCUUACUUUUCUUGCUUGGGCAUCAUUCAGGAUACCUGGUUGUAUUGCCACCACCUAACUAACCUGAUUGAAGAGAGGUCAGUGAAGUUGAUGAAUGUGCAGUGGGUGUAGUAGCUCCGUUCAACCACAAGAUUAAACUAUUGACCCUUAAUAAAAACAGCUUGAGUAAAAAGUUGCUUUCUUCCAUCCAGUGGAACCGUGAUGAACUUCUAAAACGGUCAAACCCCGUCACACAUUAUUUGAGCAACACAUCACCAUUGCUUCCAAACAAAAUGGUAUGAAGAUAUAAGAUAAAUACGAUUCAUAAAGAAGGAUGAUGUGAAUUUGCUCAAUGCGUGCGUGUAGUCCCGCACUAAGAGCCAUGUACAGUCUACAGAGUUGUUCUGUGGGUGUCACUGAGUAGGCUGAUAACCCGUUUCAUUGAUCCACAAUCCAUAGGUAAGGCUGUACAGUGCAGUAUGCCCCCUUGAAGUUCAAUACAACCACAGAUUGUUUUAUAAAUGUUUAAUUAAAUUAACUAAUAGCGGUUCCAAGCACAGAGAUCCUAUUAAAUGAAUUGAGGGGCUAAGUCAUAAACCCUACAAAAUUCCAGAAUGGUACGAAACUGGCAGCCAUUUUGGUCAGGGAGAAUCCAACCCAGUCUAAUUAGGGCUCCUGAGUGGCACAGCGAUCGGAGAUACUGCAUCUCAGUGCUAGAGGCUGAUUCCAGGCUGUAUCACAACCGGCUGUGAUUGGGAGUCCCAUAGGGCGGCACACAAUCGGCCCAGCGUCGUCCGUGUUAAGGUUCGGCCGUCAUUGUAAAAAGUAAAUUGUUCUUAACUGACUUAACUGACUGCAUUGUCAAAUAAAGGUUAAAUAAAAAUACAAUUAUUGGUAUGAAUGGCAGUAGAGGCAUAAGUGAUGCAUUUCCUGCUUUUACUUAUACAGGAAAAUACAAUUUAAUGUUGGAAAUGUUGGCAUAUUGCUAGUUAUUUAGAAACAUUUAUGGAAUAAUUCCUCUAAAACUGUCUGGCUAGCUAGCUAACAAACUGCAGAUAAUUGUCAAAUUCAUUGUUUUACACAAUAUCUUAUCACAGCACUGGCAAACCAUGGUUGACCAAAAUGGGCUGACCAUUUAUCAUAAGAAGGUUCAUUAUAUUCUAGUAUUCCAAUUCCUAAUUCUAUGGUUCCAAGCCCUUUCUAUGGAUUAUAUUUCUAUGGUAUUGUUCCUCAGGUUCUCUACCUUCCAGGUGGUGUGAUAGGUUGGUUUAUCAUUGUGUGGGGCUGCUUUGGCAAGAGUCUGAAUGGGAACUGUCUGUCUGACAUUGACCUUAUCAUAUCACUGGUACAGUGCAUUCGGAAAGUAUUCAGACCGCUUCACUUUUUCCACAUUUUGUUAAGUUACAGCCUUAUUCUAAAAUGGAUAAAAUAAAAUCCUCAAAUCUACAUAAAAUACUCCAUAAUGACAAAGCGAAAAACAGGUUUUUCGAAAUGUUUGCAAUUGUAUUAAAAAUUGAAACCAUACUUUAUUUACAAGUAUUCAAACCCUUUGCUAUGAGACUCAAUUGAGCUCAGGUGCAUUCUGUUUCCAUUGAUUAUUCUUGAGAUGUUUCUACAACUUGAUUGGAGGAGUCCACUUGUGGUAAACUCAACAGUUUUGACAUGAUUUGGAAAGGCACACACCAGUCUAUAUAAGGUCCCACAGUCCCACAAAACCAAGCCAUGGGAUCAAAGGAAUUGUCCGUAGAGCUCAGAGACAGGAUUGUGUUGAGGCACAGAUCUGGGGAAGGGUACCAAAACAUUUCUGCAGCAUUGAAGGUCCCCAAGAACACAGUGGCCUCCAUCAUUCUUAAAUGGAAGAAGUUUGGAACCACCAAGACUCUUCCUAGAGCUGGUCACCUGGGCCAAACUGAGGAAUCGGGGUAGAAGGGCCUUGAUCAGGGAGGUGACCAAGAACCCGGUGGUCACUCUGACAGAGCUCCAGAGUCCCUUUGUGGAGAUGGAAGAACCUUCCAGAAUCACAACCAUCUCUGCAGCACUCCACCGACCAGGCCUUUAUGGUAGAGUGACCAGACGGAAGCCACUCCUCAGUAAAAGGCACAUGACAGCUCACUUGGAGUUUGCCAAAAGGCACCUAAAGUACUCUCAGACCAUGAGAAACAAGAUGCUCCGGUCUGAUGAAACCAUAAUUUAACUAUUUGGCCUGAAUGCCAAGCGUCACGUCUGGAGAAAACCUGGCACCAUCCCUACGGUGAAGCAUGGUGGUGGCAGCAUCAUGCUGUAGGGAUGUUUUUCAGCGGCAGGGACUGGGAGACAAGUCGGGAUCGAGGGAAAGAUGAACGGUGAAAAGCACAGAGAGAUCCUUGGUGAAAAUCUGCUCCAGAGCACUUAGGACCUCAGACUGGGGUGAAGAUUCACCUUCCAACAGGACAACGCAGGAGUGGCUUCGGGACAAGUCUCUGAAUAUCCUUGAGUGGCCCAGCCAGAGCCCGGACUUGAACCUGAUCAAACAUCUAUGGAGUGACCUAAAAAUAGAUGUGCAGCGACGUUCCCCAUCAAACCUGACAGAGCUUGAGAGGAUCUACAGAGAAGAAUGGGAGAAACUCCCCAAAUACAGGUGUGCCAAGGUUGUAGUGUCAUACACAAGAAGACUAGAGGCUGUAAUCGCUGCCAAAGGUGCUUCAACAACGUACUGAGUAAAGGGUCUAAAUGCUUAUGUAAAUGUGAUAUUUCCGUUUUUUUAAUGGGUUAUUGUGAUCAAUACAUUUUUCCUCAUCAAUCUACACACAUUGAUGAGAAAAAAAACUAAAAUGUCAUUAAUUUUAGAAUACAGCUGUAUUGGGUAACAAAAUGUGGGGGAAAAGUGAAGGGACCAGGCAAGACCAGGUGUGAAAAAAAUGUAUCUUUAGAAAUCAUUUACAGAACACCUGGAGAUUAUUAUUCCCAACUACAGAAGACGACUCCUUUUUUUCCUCAAAGUCAGAAAAGCUUUUCAAGAAUUGACUACAUUUUUAUUUCCCAAAAUGCACUCAACAAUAAACUGGAUUCAAAAAGGUA